AUGAAGACCGCCUUCUCACAGCCCAACAUCUCGACCACCGCCAUCGUUUGCUCGGCUGUCGUUGGCCUGUUCGCUUACGAACAGUACUGGUAUCUGAGCAAGAAGAAGUCCUUGCCCGGUCCCAAGUUCAAGAUCCCUAUCAUCGGUGCAUUCCUGGACUCUCUUUACCCCACCUUCGAGGGCUACAUGAGCAAGUGGAAGAGCGGUGAACUCUCGUGCGUGAGUGUGUUCGACAGAUUCGUCGUCAUUGCGUCGACUUGCGAUAUCAGCAGAAAAAUCCUCAAUUCGCCCGCCUUUGCCGAGCCUACCGUCGUUGAUUCGAUGACCUAUAUCCUUUGCCCUGACAACUGGGUGUUUUUGAACGGCAAGGCUCACGUCGAUUAUCGUCGCGGGUUGAACGUCCUUUUCACUCGACGAGCUCUCGGCAUCUACAUUCCCAUCCAGGAGAAGGUCUACGAGCGCCACUUUAACGAAUGGCUCUCGCUCGACGGUAAAGUCGAAGAGUACUGGAUGCGUUUCCGUGAAAUCAACAUGGAGUCGUCGCUCCGUGUGUUUUUGGGCGACCACAUGUCGGACGAGGUUGCCAAGCGCAUCUCUCUCGAAUACUUCAACAUCACCGCCGCCCUCGAACUUGUCAACUUUCCCAUUCCACUUCCCGGCACCAAGGUCUACAAGGCCAUUCAAUCCCGCAAGUACAUUGUCAAGCACUUUAUUGAAGCUAUCAAGGACGGCAGAAAACGCAUGGAAACCGGCGAGGAGCCCAAGUCGUUGAUGGAUGCCUGGCUCCAGGCAAUGAAGGAGGAGGAGGUUGAAAGCGAAAAGGCUGGCAAACCCGCGCCACGCAAGUUCGACGAUCGUGAAAUUGCUUUGACGAUCUUGACCUUUUUGUUUGCCAGUCAGGAUGCCACGUCGUCAGCCUUGACCUGGGCGUUCCAGUUACUUGCUGAUCAUUCCGAUGUUCUCGACCGUGUGCGUGAAGAACAAAUCCGCGUGCGCGAGGGCAAGUUGGAUCAGCCUUUGACCCUCGAGUUGAUGGAAUCCUCCACCUACUUGCGUCAAGUUGUCAAGGAGAUCUUGCGUCUCCGUCCACCAGUGCUCAUGGUCCCAUACAAGACUACACGCGAAUGGCCCAUUACCGAUCAGUACACUGUGCCCAAGAACGCCAUGUUGAUCCCAACCACUUAUCCUGCGUUGCACGAUCCCGUUGCAUACCCGAACCCAGACAGCUUCAAUCCCGACCGCUGGGGCCCACAAGGCCAGGCCGAGAAGCACCCCAAGAACUUCAUGGUCUUUGGUAACGGCCCUCAUCACUGCUUGGGCAAGGAAUACGCCAUGAUGCACUUGAUGGCUAUCAUUGCUCAGGCCUCACUCCAGCUUGAGUGGACUCACUACCGCACCGACAAGAGUGACGAAAUCUCUAUUUUCGCAACCAUUUAUCCCCAGGAUGGGUGCAUCAUGAGCUUCAAAAAGCGAGAAGCUGUUUCUGCUUAA